CCCAUGCUAUUUUAACCGAUAUUGACCCGCAAAGUCAAAAGAUAAAUGGCGGUCAUGGUAAAAAACAUGAUGAGUAUACUGAGAAAUUGCGGAAGUUAUUGGUUGGUUUUUCUGAAUAUCAAGAAUUAAAAAAGUUUUGGAA